AUGAUAAGACAAAAUAUAAUAAUAGUUCAUAGAAGGUCAUUUUGCCAAUCUUUAUAUUUAGCAGAAAAUUUGAAAUCAAAACAUGACAUCGAGAAUGAAAUGACAACUAAAAGCGAUACAAGCAACUUCCAAAUACCACUUGAUACAAAUGAGCCUGAAGAUGGCGUGUCUUUAAGAAAUAGUGCUAGAGUAAGGAGUUUAAUCAACCGGAUUAUUGAAACCGGGGGAAACCAAAGUAAACGAAAUCGGACUAUCAAUAAUAACACCACGAGUAAGUUGUUUCAAAAUCCAGAUAAAAUGAAAGUCUUGAAGAAAAUAUUUUCGAAACCACAGGCAUCGACAAAGUGGGACAAAAAACACAUUAAGGGAAAGCUACAAACAAAGCGUAAUGAAGUUACCAAACCAUCAAAAGAACCAUUUUACAAAGACACGUCUUCAAAUAAAUAUUCAACUAGUAGCAACGUCAUUAAGCACCCUUUAAAACAAUGUAUUGCCCCUAAAAAUGAAGAUAUUGCUCAAUUAGCUCAUAAUUUAGAUCGAGUGUUAUUUUCACCAGGAGUCCAUUUUUUACAAGACCCCAGAACUAGAAUAUAUAAUUUUGCCCCUUUUUUGAAAAAAGUGAUCAACUAUAAAGAUUUCAAUUUUGAAGCAAUUGGGAAUUAUACACCAGUCUCGAAACAUCAACAAUUGUUAGAAAAUUCUCAAAAACUUGAGAAACAAUUCUAUUCUUCAACUUCUUCCAUGACAUCUUUGCUAUCUAAGUUUUAUCAUUUUUUAAAUAAAUAUGAUAAAUGGGAUGUUAAGCGGUUCGGUAAAAUUCCCUUUUCAGGAAUGAGUAAUGAAUUGCCAACUAAUUUGAUUUUAAAACCUCAAGGUGACUUUAUUGAUUCCAUAACAAAGGAAAAGAAACCAGUCUAUUCUAUUCAAGCUGAUAAUUCAUGUGACUUAGAUACCCUUCUUAGUGCCAUGGGAAUGUGUAUGGAAACAUUAUUAACAAACCCACAAAAUGAAUUUGUCAAAUAUCAUAAGGAUAGUGGGAUUGAGUUUAGUGAACCGCCUACUAAUGCUUAUAAUUAUGCAUCUUAUGGGGAUUUUUUAUUGAGAUCACAAUUGGAUUGCUAUGAUGAAAGAUUGCCAGGGAAUGGUACAUUCGAUUUGAAAACUCGAGCAUCAACAAACAUUAGAUAUAAUUCCAAAAGUGGAUCUUUAGAGAAGAACGAUUAUCAAAUUUGGAAAUUGAAUGGUAGUUAUGAAUCCUUCGAACAUGAGUUCAGAGAUAUGAUAAGAACUGGUGCCAUGAUGAAGUAUUUAUUCCAGGCAAGAAUAGGACAAAUGGAUGGUAUCUUCAUUGCUUAUCAUAGCAUUAACACCAUAUUUGGGUUCCAAUAUUUACCACUUGAGGAAUUGGAUAAAUUAUUUUACACUGGAAACACCUUUUCUGAAGUUCCAGAAAUUGAUGUAAAAAAAUUAAAUGUAAAUAGAUUACCUGAUAAAUUACCAUCUUUGAUUGGGGAAACACAAUUUAAGUUUUCAUUGGAAAUUUGGCAAAAGUUAUUACAAGAACAUAUUUUAAAAGAUUUGAAUCAAUCUCUAAACGGUAAUCCAACCCCGUUUAGAUUGAUUGUGAAAUAUGACACAUUCGCACAUUUACUUCGAGUAUUUGCAAUACCAGUUACUGAUGAAGAGAUUGAAGUGUUACAAUCGUUUCCAGAGAGAUUCAAACGUGAUUUUGCAGAAGAUGAGAAUUUGGCUGAAGUACAGAAACAUGCUAGAGAGUUGAGGAAAUUUAAUGACAAAAGUCUUGAAACAAAGGAAAUAUUCAGCUAUGUAAUUAAAAUGGAUUCGAGCUUGAUUGAUGGAAAAAUUAGACAAUACUACAAAUUACCCCAUGACUACUUUGAAGACUGGCAAUUAAUAUAUAACAUCAAAAGAACUACAAAUCCUCCAAAGAAAUACAUCAGUGACUUAUUGAAAUUUCCUGAAACAAAGAUUUCUGAACGCUUAAACAAUGUUCAUGAAAUUUAUGAAAAAAUAGGAGCAAUUAGAAAGAAGUCAUGGGAAGAAAAAGAAAAAGUAUCACAAGUGUACCAUCCGAAAUUCAAGUUUUGA